AGACAAAAGCAAGAAGAAAAAGCAAGGAAAAAAGCAGAAGUGCGGAGAAGACUUGAAGAAUCCACCAAAUCGAAAAAAUGCAAAAAGGGCGGAUUUAUGACACCAGAAAGGAAAAAGAAACUAAGAACACUGCUGAGGAAAAAAGCAGCAGAAGAAUUGAAGAAAGAACAAGAAAGAAAAGCUGAGCAAAGAAAGAAAAUGAUUAUAGAAAGGUGUGGCCAGCCAAAAAGCUUAGAAAACGCUAACGAAGCUACUUUACAAGCGAUAUGCAGAGAGUAUCAAAAGCGAAUCCAAGAGCUGGAAGAAGCGAAAUAUGACCUAGAAUAUGAUGUUGGACAUAAGGAUUUCAUGAUCAAUGAAUUAGCCAUUCAAGUCAACGAUUUAAGAGGAAAAUUUGUAAAGCCAAGCCUGAAAAAAGUUUCAAAAUAUGAAGGAAAAUUUGAGAAAUUGAAAAUGAUAGCUAAAUCAUCCGAAGUUGACUUCAGAGCAAAUUUGAAGACAGUCAAGUCGAACAAAUUCAAGUUGGAAGAAGAAGAAGAGGGAAAGAAACAAGCUCCUGAAUGGGUAAACAAGUAGCAGUUUAUUCAAGGAAUGAAACACCCAACAUGCAAUUAAAGAAAUAGUAAAACAGAUAUAGAAUUGGAACCUAAAUUUUCAUUAAAAAUAUACUAAUCACUAUUUUUUAUAAUGUAUCUCAAUUUAUCAAGCUUAUUGUUUAAUUAAAGAAACUAUGUAUUCAUGUUGAAAUAAAAUUAUUUAUUAAACUGU